AUGGCGGAAGCAGCGGCGCAGGCAGCCAUCACUGCCGCCCUCGAGCCGACGGGCGCCAUCAUGACAGCGAUCACUGCCGAGAUCACGAAGGCGUUCAAUCAAGGGGAGGUCGGCGAUCUCGCCAUCACAGCCGGCGCCGCUGCUGCUGCCAACACGCACUCGGUGCCCGCUGCGGUUACGGCUCUCAAAGUCCCGGCUUCUGAACUGAGCAAAGCUGCGCAGGCCGAGUACGAGCGGCGGGCGGACGCGGCCUUUCCGCACAGGGCCCGUCUGCGCCAGCUUUCGGUCGCCGAGUGGGAAGCUGCUUGGCGCGACCUCGUGGUGGAUGCGGACCACCUCGCGUCCACCUUUAAAGCUGCCGAGCAGAAUCCCGCGCUUGCUAACAUCUGGGCGCUGUCCGCCGCCAACCCGGGCAACGCCGAGUUGGCCGAGCUCAAGCGGGCUUCCACGGUGCGCUACGCCGCCAAGUUGCGGUGGAAAAGCUUGCGCUUCCCGGAGCAAGGCGGCUCUUGGGACAGGUUGAAGAACUACCUUACGGAGAAGGCCGAUGCUCCGAUCGACAAUGUGAAGGCGCUCGCCCGGUCGCUCCUUGUCCCCCUCAACUUGACGGAGCGCCGCUGCACAGUCGCGCAGUCGGCCAAGCGCACGGGCCCAGAGAAAGCGGCUUCUCAAAAGACCGCUCUUCUCCCAUUGAUGUACCACACGAUCAAGCAGUACAAGAAGCGCACCACGAAGGCCAGCGCAUCAGUGUCCCUGGAGCACGAGAUCCUGCUGCGCGAUUUCGCCCGGGACCUCAUCUUGGGCGAGGCGGCGCUGGUGACUAGCCUGGCUGGCUACCAAAAG